CCGCUGCGUCGAUCGUAAGCCCUCUUCCAUUCCUCCUCUCUAUUUUUAGUUUACUUGACCUUCCCUCACUCUUAUCUCGAGCAGCGUCUUCGUCAUAGAAGAGACUAAGCGCUCCUUCCAUUCCUUCCUCCCUCACAUGGCGCUUCCCAACCAGCAAACCGUGGAUUACCCUAGCUUCAAGCUCGUCAUCGUCGGUGAUGGUGGAACAGGGAAGACUACCUUCGUGAAGAGGCAUCUCACCGGCGAAUUCGAGAAGAAAUAUGAACCCACCAUUGGUGUCGAGGUUCAUCCCUUGGAUUUCCACACCAACUGCGGGAAGAUCCGAUUCUACUGCUGGGAUACUGCUGGCCAGGAGAAGUUUGGUGGGCUCAGGGAUGGAUACUAUAUACAUGGCCAGUGCGCGAUCAUAAUGUUUGAUGUUACUGCAAGGCUCACAUACAAAAAUGUACCUACAUGGCAUAGAGAUCUAUGCCGGGUGUGCGAGAAUAUUCCCAUUGUUCUAUGUGGCAACAAAGUUGAUGUGAAGAACAGACAGGUGAAGGCAAAGAUGGUCACAUUCCACAGGAAAAAGAAUUUCCAAUACUAUGAGAUAUCUGCAAAGAGCAACUACAACUUUGAGAAGCCAUUUCUCUAUCUGGCUAGGAAGCUUUCAGGUGAUCUGUCUCUUCACUUCGUUGAGUCACCAGCUCUUGCUCCCCCAGAAGUUCAUAUCGACCUGGCUGCACAACUAUUUUUCGAGGCUGACAUAGCAGCUGCAGCUGCACUGCCUCUACCAGACGACGAAGAUGAUGCAUUCGAUUAAGUUGGACCAUCUAUUGGUUCCUGGUUGACAUUGCUGAUGAAUGUGUCAUCCAUUAGCAAUGGAAUAAGCGGUUGUCUACACGUUCUAUUUUGUUCACCUUUGCCUUUUUUAUGAAGGAUGCAUCACCUUUCUCUGA